UGUCGUUACUUUGCCUCCCGCUCAUUUGCAUCGCCGGCGAGGGAGAGAGAGAAUGAGAUUUGGUUUCGAAGAAUCGGGGGAUACGUCGGAGUCGCAGCGGUCUCCGGCGAAGAAGGAGGAUGUACGGUGGGUCACGAUCGGGGACCACCCGGUUUUCGACUCCUCUCUGGCGGCCUCCGACGAUGAAGCUUCCGCCGGCGAGCAGCGGUUUCCGAGGAACCUGACGGCGUGGGAUGGAGCUUCGAGGCUCUACUUCUGGGAUCCUAGACGAUGUCUUCUUCACCGUAUAUCUCUUCGCCUGGGGGAACCUGAACCAGCCUCCAUCCUCGCCGAAGUCCCCUCCAAGGUAAUGCAACCAGAUUUCAAACUUGGGUUUGCUGUCAACAAAAUCUCUAUAAAUAGGAAUGGAUCAGCUAUACUUCUUGCUGGAUCAGAUGGCAUAUGUGUGAUGUUCCUCUUUGGACGCACUUCUGUGGUGAAAGAUACUGUUAUUUGCAGGACAGUUUCUGUUGGUUCAGAUACCUAUUUGAGCAGUGGCAAUGUCAUACACUUGCUGCAAGCGUCAUGGCACCCUAAUAGUGACACCCACCUGGGAGUUCUCUCUUCAGAUUCAGUUUUCAGACUUUUUGAUCUGUCCUUGGAUCCUGAGAGACCAGAGCAAGAAUAUUAUCUACAGCCUGUUGAACCAGGAAGAUCUAGAACAGCUUCAUCAAUUUGUGCCGUUGAUUUUUCUUUUGGAGGAGACCAUCUGUGGGAUAGAUUUAGCGUCUUUGUAUUAUUCACCGAUGGUUCAAUUUACAUCCUCUGCCCAGUUGUUCCAUUUGGAAGUAUAUACAAAUGGGAAUCCAUAAUGGAGCUCUACAGUGAUGCUAAUUUGUUCGGGCCCAAAUCAUCCAAUUCAAUAGCAGUUAACAAUUCUAAUCUGGCAAUCUCUUGGUUGGAAGCUACGUUUCCAGAUUUGUCUGAACAAGAAACAAAAGGUGAAAACAUAUCUGUAAUGAAAGCUCAACCUUAUGCUCUGUUUGACGCAUCACUGGCUUUACAGGGCCCUUUAUAUAAAGUAUCUAAUGGUGAAGACAAUGAAAGUUUCACUGUCCGGGAAGCAGAAUGCAAAGGCCGAGCAGUGAGUUUGUUAUACAAUCUGGUCAGCAAAGACUCGAUUCUGGUAACUGCCUGGAGUGGUGGACAAUUACAAAUUGAUGCUCUGGCUGAUGAAAUCCAGCCAGUAUGGAUAUCCGAUAGUCCACCCCGUCUUUGCAUGAACUCCAGUAAUAAGAUCGUUGGUGUGGCCAUGAUUUCCGAGUCUAACACAGACGAGCUUCCGGUUGCAAGGUCUAACCAGCCACUUGAUCACACUGUUUGGUUGGGGCAUCCACCGCCUUUGUUAAGACUGGUGAUAGUUGAUUUGGCUUUGCCCAUGAGUCCGGAAGGUGGUUCUCUUGUUACAUUGUUCCCAGACCCUCUCGUGCCAGAAAGAAUAUACUCCCUCCAUGAUGGGGGCAUUGAUUCAAUAACCUUGCAUUUUCUUCCUUUCACAAGUCAGACCAUGGGAAAGGACGAUACUAUUAGAACACCGUCCGUUCAUCCUGUCCUAAGUACAUGCCAAGAAGAAUCAUACUCGUCAUCUCCCCUGUUGGGCUGUGUACCUCUGUCAGAUUCGUUCGGAUACUCUUGGAUUUUUGCAGUUUUAUCAACAGGAGAGUGCAUUGUGCUUGAAAUGAAAACUUGGGAUUUAUUGCUUCCACUUCAUGCCGACGGAGAUAAGUCACUUCCGAGCUCGGAAGGUCAAAAAGAGCAGCCGGGAAUCCGCUGCAUCAUAAGCAAGGAACUUCUCGCGGGUCCUAAGAUGGUUCUUGCUCCCCAGGCUUUACCUAACCAACGCUCCACCCCUGCUGAUUCCAUAGAAGGCCGAUCGGUUCUUCAUCAGUAUUUCAAGCUUUUCCAUGAAAAUUAUGUGGAGUAUGCACACAAGGUCUAUUUUGAGCUCAACCAUCAUGCUCCUAACCUAAAGAGAAUCAUCGAUGACCAAAACCAUCGACUGGCUGAGGCGAGACAGAAAAUAUCGAAAGUCAAGAAGAAACAGUCCAUGUUGGAGAAACAGGUAGAGAAUGCAAUUCAAACUCAUGAUUCUCUCGAGCAACGUUUGCAGAGACUCCGUAGCUUACCGGGUGCACACAAGAGACCGCUGAUGAGGGCAGAACGGGAAUUCAAGUCUGAACUCGAUGAGUUCUCGGGUGUUGAGCUGGAUGCACUUCGUUCAUCCAUCGAGACAUUGAGAGCUAGGAUGAGAAAGCAUUCACAGCAAUCUCCCAAGAGUAAAACAGUUGGAACCCAUAAAAGGCAACAAUAUUCGAGGAAAGAUUACAUCCAAGAUACUGAAAUCUCGCAGAUUCAAUCCUCAAUGGCUAAACUAUCGGUGAUGAACAGCGAGAACUCGGAAAAGGUCAAGCUCGUUGAAUCUGCAUUGAAAUCUCGAGAGACUAGUUCGAUGUAGAACGCCAGGCCGGUAUGCUCUCAAACCCUAAAUUUUCCAUUCCCUCAAAGAAUGAAGAGAUUCUGAUAAUCUCUCGCAGCAGUUGUGUGUGAUGGUUUUGAAAAAUGACAAAGAGGGUUCUGUCCGAAAGAUCCGUAGGGCCUGAAAAGCUAAAGCUCGGUGCAUCUGUCCGUACAUCAUUUUAUUUUCAGUGUAGCAGCUACGUAUUGUAUGCGUAUGUACUUUCUAAUGGAAUUAGUGUUUUGGUGUCCAAUUCCUCUUUUC